AUGGAGAAGGCAAACCAGACAGCUGUGGCGGAGUAUGUCCUGCUGGGGCUCCAGGGGCGCCAUAACCUAGAGUUGGUCCUGUUUGUGCUUUGUCUGGGCAUCUACUCUGUGAAUGUGCUCGGGAACUCCCUCCUCAUCGGGCUGAACAUGCUGGACCCCCGCCUGCACAACCCCAUGUACUUCUUUCUCAGCAACCUCUCUCUCAUGGACAUCUGUGGCACCUCCUCGUUUGUGCCUCUCAUGCUGGUCAACUUCCUGGAAGCCCAAAGGACCAUCUCCUUUCCUGGCUGUGCUCUGCAAAUGUACCUGACCCUGGCACUGGGCUCUGCAGAGUGCCUGCUCCUGGCGGUGAUGGCAUAUGACCGCUACGUGGCUAUCUGCCAGCCGCUUAGGUACCCAGAGCUCAUGAGUGGACAGAUGUGCAUGCAGCUGGCAGUACUGAGCUGGGGGACUGGCUUUGCCAACUCGCUGCUGCAGUGCAUCCUUGCCUGGCGCCUCCCCUUCUGCAGCCACAAUGUCAUCAACCACUUCUUCUGUGAGAUCCUAGCAGUGCUGAAACUGGCCUGUGGAGACAUCUCCCUCAAUGCGCUGGUAUUAAUGGUGGCCACAGUUAUUCUGACGCUGGCCCCACUCCUCCUCAUCUGCCUGUCCUACAUUUUCAUCCUAGUGGCCAUCCUUAGGGUACCCUCUGCUGCAGGCCGACGCAAAGCUUUUUCCACCUGCUCUGCCCACCUCACAGUGGUGGUGGUUUUCUAUGGCUCCAUCUCCUUCAUGUACUUCAAGCCCAAGGUCAAGGAUCCCGACUUGGAUAAGAUCAUUGCAUUGUUCUAUGGGGUUGUGACACCCUCGCUGAACCCCAUCAUCUACAGCCUGAGGAACACAGAGGUGAAAGCGGCUGCCAUGGCUCUUCUGGGGGGAGGUCUGCUCCACAGGAAAAUGUCCAACUUCUCCUGUUGCCGUCCCUCUCUAACAGCCAGCACAGGCUAA